CGUUUUGCAAAUGGAGUUCGGUAUGAGGGAGCCUGGCACGAGGGAAGAAUGCUGGGACUUGGGAUGUAUACAUUAAUAAACGGAGAGACAGUGUCAGGCGACUGGCAAAAUGGUGUCCCUGAUAUGUUGAGCACGCAGAACACUCAUGAUGGAUUUCCUGUCGCCGUCAACCAUUCAGAAGUACUCGAUGCAGUCCAGGAAGCUCGAAGAGCAGCAGAGAAAGCAUUUGAUGUGGCCAGUGUUGAUGAGACGGUGAACGAGGCAGUAGCAGUGGCCAACGAAGCAGCCAACAAAGCAAGAGUAGUAGCAGUGAAAGCUGUGCAAAAGCGGACGAAUAAUAGCAAUGAAGAUGACACACCGAUCCCAAUUGUGUGAGUCUUUUCCCCAUGUUUCCAUAAAUCAUGGGGGCAUAUCACUGGCAUAAUCAAAAGCAAGGGAUUGAUCUGAGAUAUAAGAGGACCAAAAUAAAAAAUUUCAUCACUGCUAUCACUUCUACCCUUUUUUUUUUUCACAUUAAGAUCAACGCAUGGGUGAUGAGCAUUAUUCAUUUCCUAUUUCCCUUUUCUGAUCAAUUGAAAGCCAACAUAAUUCAUUUCUUUUA